AUGUUUGUCCACCAAAAUUUGCAGAUUAAACCCACGAGUGCGGGUUCGAUGCUGAAGCAGAUUUGUGCAUCGUUCCAUCGACAGCUUCAUCUUGAGCCUCGUUCAGUUCAGCUGCUCACCAAAAGGUUUCUACCAGCCCGAGGAACGAAACCUUUGCCUCGAUAUCUAUGGGAUUUAAAGGACCUGAAUGAAAAAGCCAAAAACACCUACACGUUUAAGCCUUUGGUCGUUCGGAGGUUAGGUGGACGACAUCCAGAAACAGGACGAAAAGUGAAUCAACACAUCGGUGGUGGAGUGAAGUUCGAUUACUUUAUAAUUGAUUAUCAUCGUCGAGGACCAACUGAACCUGGACAGACAUAUGAUGAACGGGUAAUCGAGGUGCGUCGUGAUCCAAAUCGAACGUCUCAUAUCGCGUUGGUUGCUGGAUCGAAGGGGAAACGUUGGAUUCUUGCUACGGAAAAUAUGAAAGCAGGACAAAUCAUCAGCACAUCAUGUCACAUACCCGAAAAUCCUCUCAUCGGUACUGAAGGUAACGCAUAUCCAUUAGGUGCAUUAGCACCAGGUUCACUGAUAAACUCAGUCGAAAGGUAUCCAGUAAAGGAACCAUCCUACCCAGGAAACGAUUCCGAAGUGUUUGUUGUAGCUGCUGGAAAAUGUGCUCAAGUUGUACGACAUCAGGGUGAAUUCGUGGUGAUUAGACUACCGCAUAAACAUGAGUUUUCGCUGCAUAGAACAUGUAUGGCAACAGUUGGUCGUCUUUCUCAUGCCGAUAUCGAUAGCAAAAUUUUUGGUUCUGCGCAAAUGCAUCGACGAUUCGGCUAUAAAAUGAGCAGUGGUCUCUUCCACAAGAAGGAUGGUUACUGCGGACGUAAAAUCAGAAAGUUACCCGCUGUUCGAACCACAACGAUAAAACGUGAUUUUUCAAGAUUGAUCGAACCAGAGAAAGAACCUCCACCAAACUAUCACAUCACGUUAACAAAGGAUCAGUUGAGUGGGUUGACCGGAAAUGCACAGGUGCAUCCUCUGCUACCAGCCGGAUAUAAUACGCGUGAUUAUCCCGAUUAA